AUGGAGCAUGAGGAGAUCGGUGACGCCCACAUCUCGGUGCGCUUCAAGCACGGCAUCCAUACCAUCUACCUCUUUGUCGACUCCCUCGAGCCCUUCUCCAACGUUACCACUCAGCUCCUCGAUGUUCUGACCGAGCGAUACCCCAACGGACUGACCACGUCAAUCGCGCCCCCGAAGACUACCUCCGCCACUGACGGGACAAUACUCGCCUAUGGCGCGCUCAAGAAUGCCAACGACCCCACUGCGGGAUGGAAGAAGCUCAAGAUCGGGAACGGGGACACACCGACCAAGUUAGGGUUGAAGAACAAUAGUCUGAUCGCCUUUGCGGUGGUGGAUGACGAAGACGAGGACCCCGUGUUUGAAGUCGAGUGGCCUAGAGAGGAUGAGGAGCUUUUCACGUGUCGCCCGCCAGAACCCUUCCACGCCUGCUAUUCUUGGCAGCACCUUGAAGACCACUUCUCUCCUUUCUUGUUCUCUUCGUGUCUUUGCGCCGUCGCAUUCAACGCCUCGUUGCCUCUGAAAACCUUUUCAACGUGGCUCUCGUAUGACGUUGGCUACAUGAUUGUCGUGGCUUACCUCCGCCAUGGCCUGCGCCUUGUGGUGCCGCUGGCGGUAGCAAUCACCGUCUACCUGUAUCUUUUCCCAGUCAUCCAGGGAUGCGCAUUUCCUGUCGAGUCGAGAGACAGUCAGGAGGCGUUUGAGUUGACAAAGAAGUUUCACUGGCCUUCGAAACCUAGUUCUGACGACCGUGCGAAACUCGCCCCUUUCCGACUGCUUGCGCUGGGCGAUCCUCAACUCGAGGGCGACACUUCGAUCAUCACAAAUUACCUGGGCACAUUUCCUCACCUCAAGCAAAUCUACAAGCAUGUGACCUUUCAGACCAAGCACUGGUGCUUCCGAGAACGAGUUCGAAAGACGUUGCACGAUACGGUCGAUUUUUACAUGGAGGAUAUCCCCUACUUUCUCGAGUCGAUGCGCAAGCGGUUCGAUCUAUGGGGCAACGAUUUUUACCUGGCGCACAUCUACCGUCAGGUCAACUGGUGGUCCAAUCCUACGCACGUGAGUGUGCUGGGUGAUCUCGUUGGAAGUCAAUGGAUCGACGAUGUCGAGUUUGAGAAGCGAGGUCGACGGUUCUGGAACCGAACAUUCCGUGGCACUGAAAGGGUGCCUGACGAUAUCGCGCGUUACCCGAGCACCGAUUACACCCUGUCAGGGCUUUUGGAUGGCAGCGAGGGAGAAAAGGUGUGGGCGAAGCGGAUAUUGAACGUGGCAGGGAACCAUGACAUUGGAUACGCGGGAGACUUGACCGAGGAACGACUGGAGCGCUUCGAACGAGUUUUUGGAAAGGCAAACUACGAACUUCGUUUCGAGCUUCCCAUUAUGGACCCCGAGAAGAGGGCUACCAUGUACCAUGGAACCGAUAACCCCAACUCGGACCGCAUCCCGCCCGAGCUUCGCAUCAUUGUGGUCAACGACAUGAACUUGGACACUCCAGCCAAGUCGGCUCCCCUGCAGGAUGCUACCUAUGCAUUCAUCAACGACGUCAUUGGAACCGCAAACUCUGUCAGCUACAAGGGACACUUUACCCUUAUCCUCACACAUAUUCCCCUCUACAAGCCGGCGGGUAUCUGCGUGGACUCUCCUUUCUUCUCCUUCCACACCGCAGCAGAAGGUGGAGGUCUCAAGGAGCAGAACCAGCUCAGCGCGGAUGCCAGCAAAGGAUUCCUCGAGGGAAUGUGGGGAAUGAGUGGAAAGGAGAAUGCUGCUGGCGGCGGAUAUGGUCGUGCGGGCUUGAUGCUUAACGGUCAUGACCACGCUGGCUGCGACACGUACCACUUCAUCAACCAGACCAAUGGCACUGAUGCAUCAGAACGACAGUGGCAGACGGUCCGGUGGGAAGAGGCCCAGGAACAAAAGAUACCCGGCACCCAGGGCAUCCCUGGACGACGUGAGAUCACGGUGAGGAGCAUGAUGGGAGACUUUGGAGGCAAUGCCGGCCUCCUGAGCCUCUGGUUCGACCAGGACACCUGGGAGUGGAAGUUCGAGUACGCCACGUGCCCCCUGGGCACCCAGCACUUCUGGUGGUUCGUCCACAUCGUGGACGCCAUUGUACUAUUAUGGAUCGGGUUGUACGGAGUCCUUUCGGCGUUGGAAGCGUGGGGAGUCGACGUAGACGGUCGGUUCUACAGCGGCCUGGCUCGAGUCAAGGCGUGGGUGUUGCGGAGACUACCAGGUGGUCGUGGAUCUAAAGGCACGACAGUAAAAGCGGCAUAG